GUCUGAUCACGACUUGCUCUCUUUGUUGAUUUUCUGGUUUUCUUUCUCUGUUCUGCUCUCUAAACCUGUUCUCGUAGGAAAGCACCCCCACCAGUCCUACUGAGUCUACCUCUGGACCAGCACGAUAGGCCGACUCAUCGAGGGGCGAAAAGCGCGCCAUCAUGUGAAGUGGGCAGUGAUCGUGACCUGGCACUCAGUCCGUUUCACCUACAGCGAACCCAAACCCGUCGCUCCGAGAACUGCAACGACUGCAACGAUCAGUGAUUAUUGGGGAGGCCGGGACCAAGGUCCGCAAUGAAUUGACAGACACAAUGGAUCAAGCCGGAGUCGCCCGGUCCAUCCCCCGUCAGACGUUUUCAACCUGCAUUUCACCUCAGUCUUAUCGCUUCACCGGCCAAGCAAUACGUCUACGGCCCGAAGAGACUCAAAUGCGCGACUCAAGACGAGGAUGGGGGGUCGUCGACAUGAUGCUGAUUCCGCACGGAAAUACCGGAGUGAUUUCGGUCACGUUUGUGGUGGGCUUGGAUGAAUCCGACUCGAAACGUGCGGUGACGGAGGGCAGAGUCAUCCUCACACCGUGGCCCAGCUGGUUGGCCCGCGCCGAUUUCUGCCCCAGUGGCUUUGCCAUGCAGAAGGGGUAG